CUAGCAACGGCUGCUGUACUUACGAUCCGAUUCACGCACAGAGACCGCUGUUAACUUGCUUACUUUAAUAAAUCUUCUAUUUGAAGACUUUGGUUUUUAUCUGUUUUAUUCUUGAUAGUUGUGAAUCGUUUUUUCCUUCAGACAAAAAUACUCUGCCUUUUGCGAUGACUACGGUAUGCAAUUCGAUCGAACAUUCAUUCAAUCAAAUAACUUUCUUCCCCCGGUCUGCCUACUUUGAUUUCCCAGUGCAGAGUGCCUUAUUUAUUGCGUUUCGGUGUUUGGUAGCGUGGUAGCUGUUAUAUGGAAGAACGAGAAAUCAUUGCUGGCAGUCGGAAGGAUGGAGAAGAACAUAGUCGUGUGCUAACUGUGUUUCCUACAUAGUCUACCAACGGAUCUGCUCCUAAGGCCCAUAUGCUAAAUGAAAGGGAUCGGAUCUUGUGUGUUGCUGAUAUUCGAGGCCAAAUAUCUAUCUUGAACCAGCUGGCUGAAGAAUAUAAGGCUACGUGCAUUAUUCAUACCGGAGACUUUGGUUUCUACGAUCGGGAUAGUGUUCCGAGAAUUACCGACAAAACCCUGCGUCAUGUCGCUCAAUACUCUCCACUUCUUGACCCCCGCUCGCUACCCCAGGACCCGCUACCCUUGCGACAGUACCUACUGACUCGACCGAUAUCUCAGUUGUCUCAGCUCCUCGCCGGUGAGAUCAAGCUUUCAGUGCCCGUCUACACCGUCCACGGCGCCUGCGAGGACGUCUCUGUGCUAGAGAAGUUCAGAUCGGGCGAAUACAAGGCUCCGAAUCUCCAUAUAGUCGACGAACAUAACUCGCAUUCAAUUGAGACCAGCAACGGCGUCAAGUUCCGUCUUCUCGGACUCGGUGGUGCGCUAGUUAUGCACAAGCUGUUCGACAAUGGCUCAGGUCGCACGACCAUAGCCGGCGGAGGUGGUACGACCUGGACCACGCUACUUCAGAUCGGUGAGUUGAUCGACACAGCUGCGCGCAGCUUCGACGAAACCGAGACUCGAAUCCUGGUCACGCACGCGUCACCUGCUCGCGAAGGUAUUCUCGCACAGCUUGCACUUUGCCUCAAGGCCGAUUUUUCGAUCUCCGGUGGACUUCAUUUCCGCUACGGCUGCAGCUACAAUGAGUUUGCUGUCCAUCCCACCUACGAUUACUUUCGCAACAAGUUGAUCGCUUCACGACAGCAGUUUAUGGAUGUGUGGGAUGUGGUCAAGACCGAGGUGCAGCCGGUGAUUGCAGACAGCCCGACGCAACGGCGUUUGAUUGAUAACGCGCUUUCGGUGAUUAUGAAAAUGCCGUCGAGUACACAGGUUUCUGAAAUUGAGAAAGAAAAAGAAGAACUUCAAAACAUAGGAUUCAGGAAUAUGUGGCAUCUCAACCUGGCCGACGUUGCUUAUGGUACCGUUGUGAUGGAGGUGAAGGACGGCAGGAUUGGAAUCGAAACAAAGUCAGAGGGAUUCAACUUCAAGUACCGGAGGUUAGAAAACAACGCAAGCAGUUCAGGGCUGAAGGGUGGUCCCAAGCACAUUGCUUCGCGCAAACCGUCCGCGCCUCAGACUGCAGCCGCGUCAUCGACUACUAAUGGCACCGUCGGCGCGUCAGGCUCGAACUCGAGUGCAGCAAAUGCGAAGGCAGGUGAGGGCAGGGCUUCGAUUUCUGCGCCAACACCAUCGGAGACGACCGGUGAGCAGAAGAAGGCUUCCACUGAUGCUUCGGCGGCAACUGAACCGAAAGAGGAUGGUCUAGGUGCAGUCAUCAAGAGCGAGGGUCUUUCUACUUCUAGUGUGCUACAAGCCCGCCGUCCAGGUCUAUGGGUUGCUCGCGCGGAUGAGAGCGAGGAUGCCUUAAAGUCAUACUUUGCGGAGGAGGAUCGGGCCAAUAUCACCAGCGUAUCCAUCAGAACCGGUCAGACCGGAAAGAAGUUUGCGUAUGUGUAUUUCGACACUGCUGAAAAUGCCGAGGCCGCCAUGCCGCGCGCUACUCUUGCUAAACUCGGCAACGUGGCUAUAAUCAACGACAACAUGACCGGUGGAAGCGGAAGCGGAAGCGGGCGGGGAGGAUCAGGCGCCGGACGGUUUGGAAGCAGUAGAUCUGGAUCUGUAGCCUGGGGUGGGGCUCCGAAAGAUGGAAGUGAAGGAGCUCGGUUGCCAUCGAGAGCGCGAAUCAGUGGAGGAAGCCGGACAACCGCUCGCGGUGGACGAGGUGGCAGAGGUGGCCGCGGUGGCUCUUCGACAGCUGUGUCGUCGUCUUCAGGCGCCACUACCACCACUGCUUCUGGUGCCGGUGCAUCAUCAAGCAGCCCUUCAGAGUCAUCAGCAAACACUGCGAGCCCAUCCUCUGGCGGCGCUGCUUCUAACGGUGGCAGCACAUCGACCAGUUCUACAACAGCGGCUGCUCCUGCUUCUACUCCUGCUACUGCUCCCGCUGCUACUCCUGCGCCCGCCCCUGCUCCCGCGGCUAGCACCAACUCUACAUCUGGUCCAGAAACCUCAUCGUCCCCAAAUUAAGAAGAGAGGAUGCGGUAUCCAUCAGAUUACAGCUGGAAUUACAAUAGAAUAGUACGGAAGGAAAAAAAGUUCCUUUGUUGACUCUCUUCUCCUUUCUUGUUUGUUAUUUUAUACUCCUAUGGAAUUCUUUCGCUUUUUUGUUAUUAUAUUAUCUGUCUCUAAUUUUUGUGAUUGCUUUCUCGCUCCUUGUUGUCCCAAUAUGCCGCUGCUACUUGUUUCCCAAAGAAAAGAACGGGAAGUGGCAGGUUCAGACACCAUUGUAUGUGAAAAGGAUAACGAAAUGGGGCAAGAAGGGAAAUAAAUAGGACUUUGUAUUUUUACAGUUGCUGAAAUGCUAAUGUGUAAUCGAUAUUACUCUCUUCGUAGUAGAGGCCGUUGUCUGUAGCCAGUAGCCUCGAAAUCUGAUGCAGUAUCGAAAUUAUCUGAGGCGUGUCGUGAGAAUCGAGAGGGUGUAGGGUAAGUCAGAAAACUAGUCGUCAACAAUCGACAGGGUUUUGGAU